CUGCCAUGCAUGAAACAGUAAGUGCUAGCAUUGCAAGCUGUGCGACUUAGGCUCAGAAUAGGUGCCGUACAUGCGCAGCUACCAUUGGUUUGAGCCACGGCUACACGCGUCUGCAAACAUGAUGUGAGUGAUGCAAAGCCAGGAACAAGCUUGCAGGUUUGUUGGCUCUAUACCCAUCCCACUUUACCACGGCGUGCUCAAGUGAGCUUUUAUCAUUAUAUAUCUCCGUCUAGCUCUCCUGCCCAAAUAGAACUAUCCAUUUUCCAUCAUUCACCAGUAUCGCAACCUUCAGCCAGUACCAUCUGCGAACACUAAGGACUCAGUGACAUCUUCUCUACUUCAGCAGAACUAUAGAAAGAAAAUAUUGCCAGCAUGAGCGCAUACCCGAACAACCAAAGCGGGCAUGGUACCAAUCCCGAUUACUACGCUGAGACAGCCAGCGUAGCCGGCGCACCUCCAGCCAGUGAGCUUUCAGGCGGUACACCUCCUCACCAGCAAACUGGCGGCCAUGCCUCGUCAGAACACAAUCCACCUCAGUACCAAGAACACGUCUAUCCACCGCCAUCAGGUGAUCUGCCUACAGCACAGCACCAACAAGACUACUAUCCUCCUCCGCCUUCUGGCCCGCCCCCGAGCCAGGCCCAACAGACAUAUCACCCGCUACAGUCGAAUCCUCCAGAUCACAACCAGGCACCACCGAGCUACGAGCCGACGCCUGGCCUCUAUAUCCCAGGAGAUGAGAAACCACCCGUUCUCCCCCCACGACCUGGCUCGCGGCCCGGCUCGAGUCAAGGACAGGGCCAGGCCCCGUAUUUCCCUCCUCCUCCCGGAGGCGCUGAGAUGCACGGAGCCGGCCCCGCAACGGGCGAGCAUCACGGCUACGCAGCGCCUGCCGCCGGCGCCGCAGGUCUAGCAGGCGCUGCGGGAGGUGCGGGCGUUGCACAUGACGAGGUCAUUGAUGCCAAGAAGAAGAAGACAUUCGGCGAGCGGUUCUAUGACUGGAGUGUCAAAGCCGGUGUGCCAGUGAACAAGAUUACCAACAAGCUGGGCUCGGAAGCUUUCUGGCCUACCAGCAUGGAUAAGGAGUGCGACAAGGCGGCACGCAUCUUAAAGUCUUUCUGCACAGACGGAUUUUACACCGAGUCACCGUCGCACCCGCCGCCUUCUCCUGGGCAUGCAACGAACCCAGGGCCAGCAAACAAGUCCAAGACUUUGGUCAAGGUUCCCUCCAAAGCUAUCGCACAAGCAAAGGGCAUUGCCAUUUUCACCGUAUUUCGCACAGGUCUUCACAUCUCCGGCGCUUCUGGCUCCGGUAUCGUAUUGUCCCGACUGCCAGAUGGCUCAUGGUCUCCGCCCUCCGGGUUCUUGGUCCACACUCUUGGCGCCGGCUUCAUGGUAGGCUUGGACAUUUAUGACUGUGUCUGCGUCCUGAACACCGUGGAAGCAGUUCAGGCAUUCACCAAGCCACGCUUCAGUCUUGGUGGUGAAAUUGCCGUCGUUGCUGGACCUGUAGGUGCCGGUGCGUCGCUGGAUGCUGCAGUUGGUGCCGGUAAGCCAGUUUGGAGUUACAUGAAGUCCCGCGGCUUCUAUGCUGGCAUUCAGGCCGACGGAACAGUUAUCGUGCAACGUCCAGAUGCCAACGCAGCAUUUUAUGCUGAGAAGGGCAUCACACCUGAGCGCGUAUUACGUGGUGAAGUCAAGCCUCAUCAAGGUCUGGUUAGUGACGGCGGCAAGGGUGAAAUCGUACCGUGGCCGUUGGGUGCUAGACAGCUCAUGGAGGUAUUGAAGAGUGCCGAGGGUGGACGCGCUGAUGAGAAAGUAGUCCAGGAAGUGGGACAAGGACCUACGCCCGGUGACUUGGCAGGCACGGAGGGCGUCGGCAAUAAAGAGGCGGAGUCGUCGUACGCACAAGGUGGAUUGCAUUCGCAGAGUAGUGUGAGAUAUGCUUGAUGAUUUGACGAGCGAAUAGUGUUUCAUAAGGGUGUUGGUAACUUAAGAUAAAUGAUAACAACACCAUAUUUUAACAAUAAGAUUUGGUAUAUGGUUUG